AUCCCCCUCUCCCCCCUCCCCUCGCUCCUCCAACAGUCGGUACUAAAGAUGGCGAACCACUACGAGGUGCCCAACUGGGCAGGCAAACCUCCUGUAGGUCUUCAUUUAGAUGUCUUGAAGGUGGACAAACUAGUUCAAAAAUUGAUGAUAGAUGAAAAGAAAUGUUAUUUAUUUGGACGGAAUCCACAAAUGAAUGAUUUUGUUAUCGAUCAUGCGUCAUGUUCAAGAGUUCAUUCCGCAUUUGUUUACCAUAAACAUUUGCAAAGAGCAUUCCUUGUUGAUCUUGGCAGUACUCAUGGAACUUUUAUUGGCAACAUGCGUAUUGAUGCCAACAAACCAACCCAAUUACCAAUUGACAGCAUUUUCCACUUUGGAGCAUCAACACGUCGUUACAUAUUAAGAGAAAGACCUCAGACUGGAAGUAGGCCUAUAAUGGAAGAGUUGGAGCGGUCCUCGGAAGAUGUUGAAGGAGAGGGAGGACUUCUUGGCCUUCCUGAGACAGAAACAGAAUUGGAUAACCUCACAGAAUUUAACACAGCUCACAACCGACGUAUUUCCAUGCUUGGAAUCCAAGAUGAUGAAAUUAGAAAUUCAAGCCGCAAAAGGCGCAAAAAGGGAGUAUCAUUCAAUGAAGAUGAAGAGAUAAUCAAUCCUGAAGAUGUGGAUCCAUCUGUUGGAAGAUUUCGUAAUCUUGUACAUACCACAGUUGUGCCAACAAAGCGCCUUAAAACGGGAAUGGAGGGACCUCCAAGUAUGUCUAGUGAAGAACGACUUCAACUUAUGAAACAUCUAACACCAGCAUCUGUCAUGUCCCAUUUAUACCGUGAUUUGCCUCCUGAAACCAACUCAUCGUCACAUUCUUCUCACCACUCAAGCCAUGGUGCACUGCCAUUUUCAUCAGUUAUGGCCUCUAGACUUGGUCUUCCCUUGCCGAACCCUGCACCUGAUGUUGACAUGUCACAGGAGACUAGCGAAGCAAGUGGUGCAGCAUCACUACCUAGUGGUCCUGCUGCUGCUCAGGCAGCAGAAGGAGGUGGGCAAGAGCCAAAGAAGAAGAAAUAUGCAAAAGAAGCUUGGCCGGGAAAGAAACCAAUGCCUGCAUUAUUGGUUUAACCUUCAUUCUAUAACUGUAUUUUAUUUGUUGUGUUUUUACUCUGUAUUCAAGAUUCAUGUAUUUCUAGGAGGAAAAGUCAAGGUGCCAGUCACUACUACGCACUACUAUCAACUGUGAUCUUUGUUCCUCAUCCAUUGACUUUUCAAUGUGUUUCACAUUGUUACCUUAUAAUGUGGAUAUGCACCUCCUGAAACUAUUGCUCAUGCCUCGAAUGUGUGCAGUCUCUUGUAAAUUGUCUGAUUUUCUAGAAGAUUCAUUAAUGCGUUAAUCAAGAAACAUGCCGAUUGGGAAGGUCCCUUUUUUUGGUACUGGCGCUGUGUUUUGAGCACACAAUUGUUUGGUAUCAACAAUUUGGUGAUAUUCAUAAUUCACUAAAACUACUUUAGACUUGUGGUCUCAACAGUCACUUCUGUGUAUAUGAUGUUUUUUUUCUAUCUGUAUAUAGAAUGGGCGAACUAUUGUUAGCCAGAUAUUGUUUUAUUUUUGAAUCAUUUAAUGACUUGCUGUUUCAAGUGUGAGUUAAAAAAGGUCUUGGUCGAAAUUGUUCAAAACAGUAAUCAAGUCAAAUGUGUGUUGUGCUUUUGUGGACCUAGGUAAACGUAACUUGACUGAAAUCUUACUGAGAUUACACUUAGUCCAAUAAUUUUGUGUAUCAGGCACAUUUCUUGUCUGUCAGCUGUAACAUAUGGGUGGCAUACAAAUUUUAUUUUUGUGUUGUACAGUAUGUUGUGUGAUAUGUGCCUACAUGGACUUAAAGUUUGUACAAAGUACAAAUAAAUUCUAUGAUAAUUGA